GCUUCAUACAUCUUUAUUUUCUCUUUUCAUUCAAAAAAGAGAGAUUUUGUUUCUUUUUCUUAGAUAUCUUUCCCUUUUUGUGUUAUACUCUACUUGUUGCAAUUACCUGUGAAGGAAACAUCUUUGCAUACUAAAGUAGAGUCUUAAGUUCCCUAUAAUUUGUAUGUGAAAGUUUCAUUUCAUGGGAACUUCCAAAUGAUUCCAUCAAUCCUCUUCUAGAUUCUUCUUUGGAGAAUACCCUGGUUACCUUUUUGUAUCCCAAGGUUGAGACAAAGUGAAAGUAUUGCAAUGUUUUGAAAAGAUUAGGGAUUCUUUGGGAAUAAAAGAUUUUUAUCACUUGAUGUAAAUGUUGUGGCUGUUGGAAAACUUCUGCAUUAAGAAGAGACAAAAUUAGUUGUGAUGGGGAGGGAACUAACAGAUGUUCACAUGGACAAUAAGCCAAACAGUGUAGUGAAAUCAAAUGGUCUGGUGACUUCAAAUGGUAAUCCAAGAGUUUCGGAGGGCACUGAGUCAAAUAACUAUGAGGUCAACAAAUGCACCGCAGAAAACUCAGUCAUUGAGAAUGGUCAUGAGAAGCAAGAUGUGCUGAGUGUUAAAAGCACAAAUUUUGGUACUGACAUCCCUGAAGGGAAAAAUGAAAAGGCUGAAGAUCAGAAGCCCACUGACAAUAAGAAGUUAAGCACCACUGCAUCAAAAUCCAGUGGUGCUGGAAAUACUCAUGUGCACCACACUACCUCCAAAACCUGUUCAAAUGGCACAGCAAAUGUUAACUCUACACCGUCCCCUACUGCUAGAAAAAAGUCAGAGCCAAAUUCUCCUAUGAUUCCUCUGUUGUCAAGGAAGGUCUUGCAUCCUUAUGACAGGAAGCUUCCUGAUGAAGACGAUAGUUGGUCUGUCGCUUCUUCUACUGCUGCAUCUUUUCGAACUUCUAGAUCGAGGGUAACUAUUGGAACUGCUCCAACUUUUAAAUGUGCUAAACGUGCUGAGAAACGGAAGGAGUUUUACCAGAAGUUAGGAGAAAAACACCAAGCUCUGGAGGCUGAGAGAAGCCAGUGUGAGGCCAGGACCAAGGAAGAGCAAGAAGCAGCCCUUAAGCAGCUUAGAAAGAGCAUGGUUGUCAAAGCAAACCCAGUACCAAGUUUCUACUAUGAAGGACCUCCACCAAAGGUCGAACUGAAGAAGCUGCCAUUGACUCGGCCAAAGUCACCGAAUCUUACUCGGAGAAAGAGCUGUGGUGACGCAAUCCACUCAUCUCAGGAUGAAAAUGCAAAAACUUGCUGCCGGACUCACCGCCACAGCUUAGGUAACCACAGGGAUCGAUCCACUACUGCGAACGAUGUCAAAAGCAAUGGUCUGGUCAGUGGACAGAGCAGUACUGGAGCUGGCAGAGUGAAAGAUCGAGGAAAACAGGUAAAAGAGGCAACAAAAGCUGCUCCUAAAAUCACCAAGCAGAGUAAUGCUAACAUCACUGUUCAGUCAUGAACAUCUGAUUUUUACUAACUCUUAAGCAGGGAAGUGGUCUUGAAUUUCGGUAGUGCCAUAUGGAUGUCCUGAAAGGAAUUAGCCUGUUUCUUUUUCAGCAGGGAUGACUUGUUUUUCAGUGGUUUGCAUUGAUGUGAAUUGUAUAUGUUUUGUAAGUUCUAUGGUUACAUAUCUUGUUAUAUAUUAGAGUUAUUAAUUCUAAUGUGGACCAAAUGCCUGGUUUUAUUCUGAUAUUAUUCUUUAU